UAAAAAUAAAAUCGCCGGCUAAAACUGAUUGCAGAUGGUUUUACUGCAUUUUUGGGUAAAUUUGUAACUGCAAGGGAUAGCAGCUCAUUUGGCGGGAAUAUUUUUUUCUCACAGUCUUGUCUUCUCCACUCUCUAGACCUAAUGAUAUUAGGGUUUCGUUUCCUCAUUUACUGCAAAUUAAACGACGUUUCUCUAUUCCUCUGUCAUCCUCUCUGGUAAUCGAUCUCUCAUUAUCUUUAAUUCUUUUCACCGUUAUGCCUCCGUUUGAUUGCUUGUUCGCUGAGAAACUGGAUAUGAACUGCAAUACGUUUUUAAUCUGUCAAUUGAAGUUUGAUAAACCUUAAACUGUCGUCAUAUCGGAAUUACGUCUGUUUAAUUAGGUUUCUUCAGUUUAUUUGUAUGUCGUUUUGAAACGGAACUGUCGUUGCUGUAAGUCAAUUAUUUUUGCUAAAAGAAAACGCCAUAAUUAAUCUCAAAGAAAAAAUUGAGUCCUGCUUACUGUUGAAAGAAAAUGGGUAAAGAUGAUAAUAAUAGUAGUCAACUAAUUACAAGAAGAACAACUCGAGCCUCUUGUUCAUCUCCUACUACUGCAGGCAAUGAGAUUGAUAAAACUAAAAAUAAUGAAUCUUAUGUUCGUACUCUCAAUGAUCUUGUAUUCGGAGGUGAACAUCUCGGUUUUGAUGAUCUUCUAUCAAGUUUUCCUGCUAGAAAAGCUCAGAUUUCUGAAUUAGUCCGUCUUUUUGGUCCAUUGAACUCCCCUAUGCUUCCGUUGUUUGUUUAUGGAGGUUCCUCUACUGGAAAAACCAGUGUUAUUCUUCAGAUUUUUAGACAUCUUAAUCGACCUUUUGUUUAUGUGAGCUUCCGGACUUGUUAUAGUCCCCGUAUCUUGUUUGAAAGUAUUGUCAAUCAGCUGUCGUUUCAUACGAAGAAUGAGGGUAAUGGUUAUUCGAGUUUGAAACGUUGUGAAAAACCAUCUGAUUUUGUUAACUUCCUCCGUGAUGCUUUGGCUGGUGUCAUUGAUGAACUUAAGGGGAACUCAAGGAAAUUGCUCAAUGGUAAUAUGCUGUACUUGAUUUUUGAUAAUUUCGAGCUUGUUCGAAAUUGGGAUAAGAGUUCAACCUUAUUGCCUUUCUUGUUUAAUCUGUAUGAUAUUUUGAAGAUGCCCGAAGUGGGAGUUAUAUAUAUAAGUAAUACUUCUCCGGAUACUUUUUAUUUCAAUUUGGGAUAUUUAGAACCUAUUCCUGUUUAUUUUCCUGAAUACACGGAAGAAGAUCUUCGCCAAAUAUUCUUAAGAAACCAAGCAAAUCGAAAGCUCUAUUCCUCCUUUCUUGAUGUUGUACUGAAGCCAUUUUGCAGAACUACCAGACGAGUGGAUGAGCUAUCAACUGUUUUUACAUCAUUAUUUAGAAAAUAUUGUGAACCCUUGAGUGAUUUGGAAAUUGUACCUAAUGAAGAAAUGAAGAGAAAACUGUUCAGUCUUAUUCAGCCAUAUAUUACCUCUUCUUUGAAUGAGAUAUUCUGGAUUCCAUCUAGGUCUUCCCUUGAAGUUGAAUCCAAUAAGGAGAAAAAGCUGAAAAAACAAAUAGGAAAGUUGGAAGGAGGUAUAGAUUUUUCUGAGGUAGAUUUCCAUAUGUCUACUUCUGCAAAGUAUCUUCUUCUUUCAGCAUUCCUCGCAUCAAGAAAUCCAGCUACUCUUGAUGCAUCCAUGUUUGAUUCAACUGGGGGUUCAGAUAGUCGCAAACGUAAGAGAAAGGCUUCCGAGAAGUCGAUGGAGAACAAGGAAGCUGCGGAACAGGAGUUGCUUUUGAAAGGACCUGGAACUUUCCCAUUGGAGAGGCUAAUAGCUAUAUUUCAAUGUAUAUCGUCUGUGGUAGAUGAUUCUCUUGAUGAAGAAGAAGAAGAAGAAGAAGUUGAAGGAAAUCAUGUGCCAAGAGUUCAGAAUGGGGAUAGUGGACUGAUGUCUGAUGUUCUAAUGCAGCUAGCUAGCCUUUGUAAUGCAAAUUUUAUUGUUAAAGGAGGAAGCUGCCCUUUGGAGGGUUCAACUCGGUAUCGGUCUUCAGUUUCUGAAGACCUGGCGUUAAAGGUAGCACGAAGCCUGAAGUUUCCUCUGCCAAAUUACUUGUACAGAAGAUAAUGUUUGAUGUGGUCAUCGAGUUCUCAAAAAUCUGCAGUGUAGAAGCUUCAGAGGUAAUGAGGUGUUGUUGUUGCUUAUAUUUGACGUAAUUUUCAUACGAUUCUGUUCUUGAGCAUAACAUUUUUAUGUAAGCAGAUUGACUAGUUGUUGUAAAAAAGCAUUACACUCGACUUUUGACAGGUAAUUGAAAAGUCUAAGAGAGCAACUUAUGUCUAACAAUC